AUGAGGUGUUGCUACCCUUUAAAAAUUUUCCUGAUUUCCAACCAUCUUUUGGGACAUUAGGCCUUUCUCUGGUAAUUGCUCUUUAAUUGGAUUAUAAUCAUAGCUUUUGUAAUUUAUUGCCUAUGCAAGGUCAGCUAUACUAUACUAUACCAUAGGUAUGCCUAGGUUAUUUAUUGACAAUUUGCUGAAAAACUAAUUAACAUUUCGGCUCUCUCUUUUGAUAUUGAGUUUGAUUGUCAGUUAAGGUCAGUGCAAAGUGAGGUUCCUCAACCCGUCAGAGCUAUUGCUGAAACGGGUAUUGUGGUAAAGGGAAUGGUAACAGCAUGACGACUCUUCAGACAGUGCACAAAUGGAGCAAAUGAUUACUUUCAUUCAGUACGUUGAUGAGAAACCUGGUAGUACUAGCAUAGUACUACCAGCAUAGUUCAAAGUAAAUUUUUGUUUAUUGCAAAUGUGAUGGAGGAUGCCAUCUCUCCCGAUGCUGAAACGCUUCAUCAAGUUCUAACAUCUCAAUUUGAUAAACUUCAUCUGCCUAUCGAAGAAAUGUCAGGACUUGUCACAGAUGGAGCUGCGGUCAUGACCGGGAAAAGGAACGGCCUUGGUGCCAGACUAAAAAGAGAGCAUCCCAACUUGCUGACGGUGCACUGCAUCUGUCCUCGUCUGGCUCUAGCAUGCGCAGACGCAACUGAUGAAUUGAAACCGAUCCUGAACGCGCACACCUGGCUUACACAGCUAUGGAAGAUGUUUGAAUACUCUAGCAAGAAGACAUCAAUGUUCCUGAAAAUGCAAACGAACAUGAGAGCAGUUAAUCUGACUACACAACCUGUAAGAAAAAAGUUGGCAAAAAGGCUUAAACAAGCUUGUAAGACAAGGUGGAUGUCUUUUGAUCAGGCCGUCAAGGCAGCAUUUGAUGAGAUAAUUGCAAUCCUGCACACCCUAAAAAAACUAGAAGAGAAAGAUGCAGUUGCCUCUGGCCUCUAUAAAAAGAUGAACACACUGUUAUUCUCGUAUCAGUCUGGUAUAUUCACAAGUCUGUUUUACCUGUGCUGUCAUCUUUAAGUCUUGCAUUCCAAAGAGGGUACCUGAACUUCAGCAGAUUAGGCUCACUUGUAGAGGCAGUUAAAGAUGAGCUGGACAGUCAACAAUAAUACGCCUGUUCAUAAUUUGUCAGAUGACUUGAAACAAGGUGGUCGUCUUACUGGACAUGUAGAAUGACGAAGCUAAGGAAAAAAUGAAAACGCUGCUUAGACAGUAUGUGGAUUCUCUCAAGAGGAAUAUCGAUGACAGAUUUGCAGAUUCAAUCCCACUCCUGUGCCAACGCCAUUCUAAACCCGCUGCAUAUUCCUCAGAGGAACUCACCUUUUUUCGCCCAAUAUGGACAGGAUGAAAUAUUGUUGAUUGCAGAGCAUUAUUACCCCAAUGACAAUGCAGCUGGUGAAGCACUACUUGCGGAAUGGGGGAAGCUAAAGUAUGACCUUCUUGAUUGGGCCAAGACACAUCUUCCCCAAGAAGUCAGAGAGAGAGAGAGAGAGAUGGAAAGAAAGAAUAAAGCCAUCAUCCUAACUGCAUUGGAGUGGACGUUAGAGAGGCUUCUCAGAAUGCGGUCUGUUUAUCGAGUAGUCUUCCCUUACCUGUUCUCAAUAGCUAAUUUAAUUAUGAGCCUCCUUAUUUCCAACGCCUGACCAGAGCGCGGAUUCAGCAAAUGAAGUUUAUAAAGAAUAGACUGCAAACUCGCCUGACCAAUCAAAUGCUAGAGGCACUUCUUGCAAUUUCAAUCAAUGGCCCUGAACUUUAUACUGCAGCUUGUGACAACACUAUCCAUGAAGCUGUGAGUAAAUAGAUGACCAAGAAAAAACAGAUGAAGCUCCCUAUGCACUACUAGUACGGCAGCUUAGCAGAUGGAUAUGGACAUUAAGGACAAAAGCACCAUUUUUUUUUAACAUGCUCC